AUGCUGCCUUCAGAUUCACUUCCCUACGAAAUCAUUUCAGAAAUCCUCUCACCACUUCUCAAGGUCCCAGACGAGCUUUUCGCUGACAACAGCCCCAUCUCUCCAUUCGCUCAGUAUUCCCAUCAAUCCACUGCUGCGUACUUGGCUGUAUGCAAAAAAUGGUUGCAUGCCGCGACACCGUUGCUUUACCACGUUGUCGUCCUGCGUUCCGUUGGCCAGGCCGAGGCGCUGGCGUUGACUUUAGCGACGCACAACGGCCUUGGGAAUCACAUUCGGAAACUUAGAGUGGAAGGUGGCUACGGAGACUCGAUGCUCACCAUUCUUGCGAGUGCGCCAAACAUCACAGACCUAUAUCUGUCAUUAGAAAUCUGGGGCGCAAAUAGCACGACUGGACUCUGCCAAGGAUUGCCUCUCAUCAAUCCGACACGUCUUAUCAUCAACGAGGGCGGGAGUUUGCGGAGGAGUAAACAAGUAACAAACCUCAUUGGUACAAUUCGCACGGCGAUUGUUGAAUCCUGGGAUCACUUGACAUUUUUUGUCUCGCCUUACAUUUAUGCGAGGGACUCCGAUGGCCGCGCGGCACUUUUCUUCGAGUCAUUGGCCCAAGCCGCCAGAGUACAGACAGUGGUGACUCCCCGCGAAGACUGUCUCGAUUGGGUUUACCCCUUGGUUAAAUCAUGCCCCCUACAGCAUAUGGGAUUCAACAGUCGAAAAUUCUGGUGGUACCACAGGCACGCAAAACAAGGAUCUUUGCGAGAUCCCGCGCUAAAGCAACUCAUCCGUAACUAUGAACUAGUAUAUCGGCCACGCUCAAGAGAGGCAGAAUUCCCUCAGUCGGUUGACGAAGACUCUGCGGCUGAUGCUAGCACCAGUACCCCGUUCUCGCCUAUGGGCUCCCAGCCUCUACAGCUCCAAGAAUCAAUCUGGUCUCGCAUUCUUCAGCUCACAAUGGCUCUACCGGAACGUGAUUGGCGGGAUGUCGGGCUGCUUUCGCUUCGAACUUCAAGACUGUCGAUUUUAUGCGUCUCCAAGAUGUUCUAUAGACUAGGACGUUCUUCGUAUUAUUCAAACUUAUCUUUCUUUGGCUCUCCCGCUAACUUAGACAGACUCAACAAGCUUCUGUCAGAACCAGACCUACAAAUCAAGACCUUUUACUCGGUCCGAUUUCGCACCAAGCCGUUACCGUGGGAUCUAUUCGAACGGCUUUUGAGCCGGAGUGGUACAACAUUGCAAGACUGUGGUGCAGAAGUCGACGCUGCAUAUAAUUUUGGAGAAGAGCUUACUCCUCCCACUCGAAUUAUCGAUGCAACAGAGAUUUUCUCGAGAGUACCGAGUCUCAGAAGGCUCAGAUGGGCAUGCAAGGCCGUUUUUCAUACGCCCGAUGAGACGAACGCUGGAGAAAUUCCCAAGCUUGAGGCAUUAUGGAUCCACGUCACGGAUCCCACCUUCUUGGACGCUUUAGCUGCCGCACGGCUUCCUUCGCUCACAACGCUCUAUGCAACCACAAAUACUGUCAACUAUGUUCCAUUUCUGUCUGCCCAUGGAGCGUCAUUGACGGUGCUUCACAUAUCUUGCGCAAUUGUGGACGAGAUGUGGGCACAAAGCCACAGGGCCAGAGCGCUUGUCCGCUCUGUGUCCUUGUCUCACGGAACUGUCUGUCCUUUGGCCAGAUCUAGCAGCAAUUUGGUCGACCCUACCCUCCAAGAAAUGCCUUCUUACCCUUUGAGUGGCGCGCGGACACGCCCGCCUUAUCGCGAAGACGACGCAGCGUGGCCAUCUCUCCUCCCCCUGUCACCAGCAAAUUCCAAUCGCUGA